AUGGCAGGAAUACAACGAGCUCUCGACACAGGCGCAGUACCAGGUCAUAUUUCCAAUGUCUGUCCCCCUGGAACGAAAGCAUAUCUACUCGAACUCGGAUGGUUGGAAUGUGAUGAAGGGUUUGUCGUGAGAGGUGGUAAUACAUCAUUGAAAUCUACAGAAGGAGAGAACUUUGUGAACAAAAGAAGAGAACUACCAGUGUAUGCUGUUCUUAUUGACCAUCCUUUCGAAGGUGUCAUACUCUGGGAAACGGGAUGUGGAGUUGAUUAUCCCACGGUUUGGGGUCCAGAUAUAGUGGAUGUUUUUGCACGGGUCAAAAUUCUCGGCCACAUGCACCUAGAUCACGCCGGUGGAUUGGAUCAAUUCUUGGACAGAAAGGAUGUCGAGAUCUGGGUACACGAUAAGGAGUUGAGGUCGGCAUUCUGGUCCGUUGCUACUGGUGCGGAUGCAGGCGUCUACUUGCAAAGUUAUAUGGAUGUAAGCUCGAUCUUUUAUUUUUUGGGGAGUAUCACAAGUGCUGAUGUUAAGAAGUUAUCUUUGAAUUGGAAAACAUUUGAUGAAAGAACCUUGGACUUUUGCCAGGGAAUUACACUUCAUCAUCUUCCAGGUCACACAGAUGGUCUUGUGGGAAUGCAACUAAACCUUCGUGAAACCGGAACGUUUUUAUUUAUCAGUGAUCACUGCCACGUCAUUGAAAAUUGGCGAGAUGGAGUACCUCAGGGAUGGCUCGCACGUGAUCAUCCAGCCUGGUUCCAAAGUACCCAGCGAUUGAAGCGUUUGGAAUCUACCACCAAAGGUCAAGUGAUACCAGGGCACGAUAAAGAAACAUUCUUACAGCUUCAAGGUGAUAUCAAUGGUAGAGGGGGUUAUUUAGACUUAGGGGUGCACAGAUGGCCAGGUCGUUUUUCGGAAUGGCAAAAGUGA